AUGAAUGAAUUGAACUAUUCAAACAUAGUAAAUGAAGAGAAAACAGGUAUACCUAGAAAAGACAUAAAUAUUCAAGAGAAAAAUGAAUUAAACAGCUUUAAAUGUAAUGAUAUUAUUAAUAAUGACAAAAAUAAUAUUAAAAGAAUGGAUAAUUCUAGUGAUGAAAAUUUUGAAGUAUUUGAUAAAUACUUUUCAGAUAGAAAUAAAAUUACAAAGGAAUCAUUUGAUAAAAAAAAUAGUGAUCUUCCGGAUAUAAGAAGAAUAGAAACCUCUUCUACACAAACAUUUAAUGAUAUAGAAAACUAUUCUGAUGAUAUUCUAAAUAAAAAGGGUAGUAUUGUUUUAGAUACAAAUAACUUUAAAAAAGAAAAAGGUGAAUCAAGUAAAAAUUCAUUUAAUAAAUUAGAUAGUAAAAACAGCAUAGUGAGUCAAGUAGAUACAUAUGAUAGAACAAAUUUUUCUAGAAAAUCUAGCAUCUUGAAUAGUGCAGAUUUGGAGGAUAGAACUUCUAUUGAAAAAAAACAAGUGAUAUGUUCAAAUAUAACAGAAAGAGUAGUUAAUGAUACAGAUAGUGAUAAAAAUAACCCAAAAGAGUAUAAUAUUAAUGGAAAUGAUAAUAAUAAGGAACCAAAUAAAAAUGAUUUUUGUAAAAAAAAUGCAGUUUUUACAAAUUUUCCUGAUCAAUCAAAUAAUAAACUUUCAAGUAAUACAUAUUAUAAUGAUAAAAGUUUAAGUAAUAAAAAUGACAAAAAGAACAAAGACUUAACAGAAAAAAUGAAUAAGGAAUAUAAAGAAGAAAUUGUGAAAAAUGAAAAUGAUAAAAAAAAUAACACUGAAGAUAAACUUCAAAACAAAAAAAAAAUUAAUAAUAUAAAUGAUUUUUUAAACGAAAAAAGAAAUAGUCAAAAAAUUACCGUUUUCGUAGGUGAAAAAAUUCAAAAAGUAAAAGCCGAUUUUAAAUAUGGUGAAGAUAUAGCUCCUAAAGUACAAAAUAAAACUAUUUAUGAAUCUGAAACGGUAAAAAUAAGCUGCGCUGAUGCUAAAUCAGGUGAAAGGUUAAUUGAAAAAAAGCAAGAAAAAACUGUGUUUGAAUCUCAAAGAUGUGAAAAAAGUACAGCAGAUGCAAGAGCCUGUGAAAAGUUAAUUGAAAAAAAACCAGAAAAGACAGUUUUUGAAUCUCAAAAAUGUGAAAAAAGUACAGCAGAUGCAAGAGCUUGUGAAAAGUUAGUUGAAAAGGAACAGAGGAAAUCUAUUUUUGAAGCACAAAAAUGUGAAAAAAGCUCAGCAGAUGCAAGAGCCUGUGAAAAAUUGGUUGAAAAAAAAUCAGAAAAAACAGUUUUUGAAGCACAAAAAUGUGAAAAGAGCUCAGCAGAUGCAAGAGCCUGUGAAAAAUUGGUUGAAAAAAAAUCAGAAAAGACAGUUUUUGAAUCUCAAAAAAAUGAAAAAAGCUCAGCAGAUGCAAGAGCCUGUGAAAAGUUAAUUGAAAAAAAACCAGAAAAGACAGUUUUUGAAGCACAAAAAUGUGAAAAAAGUACAGCAGAUGCAAGAGCCUGUGAAAAGUUAAUUGAAAAAAAACCAGAAAAAACUGUUUUUGAAUCCCAAAGAAGUGAAAAGAGUACAGCAGAUGCAAGAGCUUGUGAAAAACUAGUUGAAAAAAAAACAGAAAAAACAGUUUUUGAAUCUCAAAGAAGUGAAAAGAGUACAGCAGAUGCAAGAGCAUGUGAAAAAUUGGUUGAAAAAGAACAAAGGAAAUCUAUUUUUGAAGCACAAAAAUGUGAAAAAAGCUCAGCAGAUGCAAGAGCCUGUGAAAAAUUGGUUGAAAAAAAAUCAGAAAAAACAGUUUUUGAAGCACAAAAAUGUGAAAAGAGCUCAGCAGAUGCAAGAGCCUGUGAAAAAUUAAUUGAAAAAAAACCAGAAAAAACUGUUUUUGAAGCUCAGAAAUGUGAAAAAAGCUCAGCAGAUGCAAGGGCUUGCGAAAAGUUAGUUGAAAAGGAACAGAGGAAAUCUAUUUUUGAAGCACAGAAAUGUGAAAAAAGCUCAGCAGAUGCAAGAGCCUGUGAAAAAUUAGUUGAUAAAAAACCAGAAAAAACUGUUUUUGAAUCCCAAAGAAGUGAAAAGAGUACAGCAGAUGCAAGAGCUUGUGAAAAACUAGUUGAAAAAAAACCAGAAAAAACAGUUUUUGAAUCUCAAAGAAGUGAAAAGAGUACAGCAGAUGCAAGAGCAUGUGAAAAGUUAGUUGAUAAGGUUAAUGAUGUUUAUAUUUUUGAAUCACAGGCAAGCACUUCAAGUAUGGCAGAUGCACGCGCAUGUGAAAAAUUAGUAGAAAAGAAACCUGAAAAAAUAAUAUAUGAAGCUCAAAGAUGUACAGAAAUUAUAGCAGACUUUAGGGCUUCUGAUAAAAUAAAAGAAGUUAUGAAAAGAAACUUGGCUGAUGAAUGCCACACUAUUUAA